GCAGCGCGACAGUGUAAGAUUCGAAACGCUCGACUUUAUAUGAUUUUCCAAGAGAAAAAGUAAUUUUGAAAACGCCUGAUAUCACAGCUAUUUCUGUGACAUGUGUUUACACGGCUAUUGAAUAUUUUAUAAUGAAAAUUAUAAUAAAAUAGAACAAAUAUUAUAGUGAAGUGUAAAUAUCUAUUUUAGAUAUUUUCUUUAUGUUUAAUAAAAUAUUUAGUACGAAUAUAUAACAAUAAAGAAUAAAAAUGGAGUUGAAUAUAAGUACUUUUGAGCUGAUGCGCCUAGGCAUGAAAUUAAUAAACUAUAUGAUAUUGCAAUACCGUCUACGUACCAAUAUUACUAAAAUAGUAAAUACAACUUAUGGUAAAGUAAAAGGAAUCGUUCGGAAAACUGUAUAUGAUGAAGAGGAAUAUGUCGCUUUCGAAGGCAUACCAUACGGAAAGCCCCCAUUAGACGAACUACAAUUUCGCGCUCCACAACCUGCAGAGCCAUGGGAAGAUGUACUUGACUGCACGCAAGCGAAGAGUUCACAAUUACAAAAAGAUAUUUUCUUGAGAACUGUAGUAGGCACCUUAGACUGUCUAUAUGUGAACGUUUAUGCGAAAACGUUGAUAAGCGAUAAACCACUACCGGUGAUAGUUUGGAUACAUGGUGGAGGGUAUCAAUUUGGUGAAGCAUCACGCAGAGUAUAUGCGCCCGACUAUUUUAUGAAUAAAGAUGUAAUAUUUGUUGCUAUUAGUUAUAGACUAGGCGCUUUUGGUUUCCUUAGCUUGAAAGAUCCUGAUUUAGACGUUCCAGGUAAUGCCGGUUUGAAAGACCAAGUACUCGCUUUACGUUGGGUUAAAGAAAAUAUAGCAAAUUUUAAUGGAGAUCCAAACAAUAUAACACUUAUGGGCGAAAGUGCAGGUGCCGCUUCAACGCACGCUCUAAUGUUAACUGAGAGAACUAAAGGUUUAUUCCACAAAGCCAUUUUACAGUCGGGAAGUGCUUUAUGUAUGUGGGCGUGCACAUCAAAUUAUGAUACGGGCUAUCGUUUAGCAUGCGCUUUAGGUUACAAGGGCAAAAAUAAUGAUAAAGAUGUCUUUCGUUAUUUGUCAAAAUUAAAACCUCAGAGAAUUCCUGAAUGCAGUAAUAAUCUACUAACAGAAAAGGAGGAAAUGUUAGAGCAUAAAUUAUUUAGCUUUCUGCCUGUAGUUGAGCCUUACUGUACAACUGACUGCAUCAUACCAAAGCCGUCGAAGGAAAUGUUGAAAGAUGCCUGGACUAAUGACAUACCGAUUAUUACUGGCAUAACUUCCUUCGAGGGUCUUUUUUCAUACUACCAUACCAAAAAAUAUCCGGACACUAUUAAUAAAUUGAACGAUUUUGUGCACGUUUUGCCUAUUGAAGUGAGGCAGAAACAUAAUGAGGAAGAACUUAAGCAAAUGGGUUCAAGACUGAAACAAACCUACUUCGGUGAUAAGACACCACAUAUAGAUAAUUCAUUUAUGGAAUUUUUAGACUUACUUAGCUAUAAAAACUUCUUCCACGGAGUUUUGCGCACUGUCGUUGCCCGACUUACAUAUGCUCCACAUGUUCCGACUUACUUUUAUCGUUUCGAUUUUGACUCGGAGCAUUUUAAUCACUUCCGUAAUCUUACUUGUGAUAAGGGUGUGCGGGGUGUUUGCCAUGGUGAUGAUAUUUCUUAUUUAUUUUUUCAUGCGGGAUCUUCAAAACUUUCUAAGGAUUCUGAAGAGUUUAAAACUAUUCAACGCAUGAUUGGUAUGUGGACUACAUUCGCUACAAAUUCCAAUCCCAAUUGUGAUGAGAUAAAGCCCAGUAUUUGGCAACCAGUUACUAGUGAUAACAAAACACCAAAAUGUUUGAACAUUAAUAAGGAAUUGGAUUUUAUAGACUUCCCUGAGCAACCAAAAAUUGAUGUCUGGAACAGUUUUUAUACAAAAGAAUCAUUAGUUUAAAAGAUCGAUAUAUUAAAUUAUUUUUUUUCAAUUUCUGAACUAACU